AUGAACAAUCCUUCCUGUCCUUCAAAUGAUUCUGUGCUCCAACACCUAGUAAAAGAGCAGGCGGGAUGGUGGACGGUUAUAAGUAGGACCACACAAGGGCAGGAAUAUUGUUGGGUCGCUAUCAACCACGACCAGCCCAGAGUAGGCCCGCCACCCGUCCAGGCGAGUUUGAGGACGGACAAAGUUUUCAACUGCGGGGUGCUACGUGACAAUGACUGGUCCAUUAACAACGACUACUGGGAUAGUAGUCGCCCCUACCGUUCUUACAUCCCUAUUGCCCCUCACAGUGACCGUUUCCCUGCUGGACAAUGGGUGGCGACCUCUUGGGCCACAGGACAACAUUGGGGAAACUUACACUUUGACUCGAUAUCAUAUGAUAACUUGCAUAAUCUCCUCAAUGAUCGCAUCCCAAUUCAUUACCAGCGGUACCCCACUGACACAGGCGCGUUCGAUCUGCGUGGCUUAAGGGCAUACGACUAUGAUGACCUGCAGCGCAUGAAGCGUCAGUCUGUUAGAGGAGAUCGGAAUAACACGAAACAAGCAAUUCACCCGGUGGCAAAGCGGAAUGCCAUGUUAAUGGCAUCCAAUGCUACACCAGUGGCAGGUUCCACGAAGGCUAAAGCCAAGUACUAUAAGAUGAAUGGCAGGGAGAAGGAGAUUAUUUCGAAGAAACUGUACAAAUGCUUGGCGAAAGUUUACUUCGUGGAGCACCUAGAGCUGCCGACGGGAGAUAUCUUCAUCAUCAACCCGGACGACGACAAUGAGAUAGGAGAACCGGUUGUCACUCAAGCGGACAUGGCUGUACAUUUAGCCAAGAUGUCAUCUGCAGCGCCAGAUAAAGAAGCAAGCCAAAUCUUCGAAGUCAUAGACACUAACAACGCUCCAGUAAAGACCCUCAUUCUCGCAGCAGGCAGGGGGCAUUUACAAGAGGUGGUUCACCCAAUAGUGACGUCAUUGCAAAAGCUCACUGCUCUUCUCAGCCAACAGAACCUAUAUAUCCCCAUGCAUCAGCUCCCCGCCAAUCGUCCACUUGCCAUCACCAGGCUAGUGCUUCCUCCCCGAGAAGUCUUAACGGUCAACAGCGGACACGAAGUGGUUCACAGCACGCAGACUCAGAACAGGACCGCUUACCAGCAAACUAGCUAUCGGGGACUCAGGCGGGACGAUGAACAUGGACCGAUGGUCCAUCAAGAAGAUCACUGGCACUACAACAGGCCUGUAGCAGCGUGCCUCGAGGCAGAUAGUAGUCCUUCAUCAAGCGCACCCCUGUCAUCCCCACCUCGCGUGCACGAACACAAGUGGGAAGGGCCAUUGUCGUCUCUUUACUGCCACGACACUGUAGUAGACGUCACCUCAAUGACAAGGCCGAGCGCUAGACCCACCACCCUUUCCGCCGUCCCAAACAUUAGACCCCGAGUGCCCAACCUACCUGUACCCAUACCAUCUGAUGAGGGCCUGCAACGCAUGAACACAGCAUUUGGAGCAAAUGUGGCCAGAUUCACCAGUCCACCACCUCACCUAGCGGGUAUCACCUUCCCUUCAGGAGCCCCCCAGCAGCUAGGAAGGCUGAUCACGACUUUCCAUACAGCUAUCAGAGUAGUUUACAAUUUGUUCUGCAAUCCGAAUGCAUCACCUGCAGACUCUAUUGUUACCCUCCUCAGCCUGGGCACUUCUUACCGCAUCAUGACCCCGAUGCCGGCGGUCAGGUCAUCGUUAGCUCACACCGCCGGGGUCUACCCCCACAUCAUACCCCAACCCUACCUCGACACCUGUAUACAAUACUCAGGGAUGAAUUUGAAGGGCACAGACUACUGGCAUCAAUACCUGCGGCAGUUCGAUGGAUGGGGUUCUGGAUGGAUGCAGAUGAAAAAAUGGUUCCAAACCCACCUGUCGAACUUGUCGUCAGGCAAUCUCGCUGCUCCCAAGACUCGCAAAAAUUUGGAAACUGCUCCUUCCGGCCUACUGCAGCAGUAA